AUGGCGAACGCCAUGACCGGCGUUUCCACCGGUGGAGCUGCCACUUUCACUUCUAUAUCACACUCCUCUCUUCAUUUUCAUUUCCAAUUGUUAGUUUAUGACUUCAAUUUUUUUAUACUAAUUAACAAAGCACACAUAGUUUGGAAAAAAUUAAGGAGCAUCAACAAGAUGAACGUUAUUGGAGUUGGAGGAGUGUUGGCAUUGGCAAUAUUAAUGCUUACACAAUCGGCAGAGGCACAAAGAGUGCAUGUUGUUGGAGACGAUUUGGGUUGGAGAGUUCCAUCAGAUUCCUCUGCAUACCGAAAUUGGGCUUCUGACAAGAGUUUUGCAGUUGGAGAUAUUCUAAGGUUCAAUUUCGAGACUGGGGUGCAUAAUGUGGUAGAAGUGUCAGAAGAGUCAUACAACUCAUGCAAUUCAAGAAUUCUAGGAAGUGCCUUGAGCACGGGCCCUGCCAAUGUGACCAUAAACACAAGUGGCCAACAUUACUACAUUUGUGGGUUUGGUCAGCACUGUGCCAAUGGCCAGAAGUUAGCCAUCAAUGUGUCAGGCUCUUCCUCUGCACCCACUUCACCAACACCACCUUCCUCUUCUUCGCCAACUUCUUUUCCUAGUUUUGUUCCUUUCCUCUUCUUCUCCUCAUUCAUGAUUAUGUUGCUUUAGAUGUAGACCAUUCAUAGAGUACUAAUCAAUAAGAUUUGGGUAUGCGAUUGUUAACUACU